AUGGGUUCAAGCCUCACUGGAGAUCAGUUGACGUGGGCUCGUGGUGUGAACAUUGUACAGGCAGUUCUCAACAUGCUGCAUGGGGGUGGUGGUCAACGUGCUUCGUUUAUCACGGCUGCUCAGACUCGUGUUCAGGCUCGUUUGAAGUCAGGCUUGGAAUCCAUGAUGGUGGAUUUCGAGUUUCUGGACAAAGAAGGUGUCCAGGAGUUUUUGAAGCAUCAUCAGCAUUAUGCUGGAGGAGGAGCCGCAAUUCCGCUGGGCGAGAGAGGUGUGAACGGACGCCUGGUCUAUCCUGCUGCGAGGACGGCGCCAAUGGGGUUUGGGCCCAGUGCAGGCUGGGCUCAGGCUGUCACAGAUCUAGCCACGGAGAAGGGAGGACUUCCGGAUGGUAGGCGAGUAGUCCCUGACUCCUAUCCUCCCUCGGAGCUGCCGGUUUGGGGUUCGAUAUGCGAUGACAUCUGGGCCCUUGAGCACGAAGGCAGUGGACCGGACAGCCUGAUGGGGCCAAGAUGGAUGGCAGCGGCAGAGGAGGCCUGGCAAUCCUUUGGAGUGCAUCCCAACCCAAAGAAAGCAGUCAACGCUGAUGUCGACCAAGAGAUCCAGGGCAUUUACGUUGAUUCAGGCAAACAUUGGAUGGGGGUGAGUUUUCCGAAGCGGCAAAAGCUUUUGCAGGCAGCGGUGCACUUGUUGGCGGAGCCCUGGGUGUUGCUUGCGGACGUGGAGAGGCUGGUUGGGAAGUUUGGAUAUGUGCAUUCGUGUCGGCCUAUAUUGAGAUCAGUCUUUGCGGAGACCUACAGAUGGCUAGACAACAAUCGCAGUCAAGGGAUCCGCAGAGCAGUUUUGUCAGAUGAGAUUUGGAUUGAGAUCUUAAGUGCAAGUGUGUUGUUGCCUUUCGCUCAAUUCGACCUAUCUGCAGAUUUUUCAAAUCGGGUUGAGUGCACUGAUGCGUCCAUGACAGGCAUUGGAAGAGCAUGGGCCACCAUGCCCACUUCACUGGUGCAGCUCAUGGCUCAGGUGUGCGAUCACAAUGGUACGUAUACGAACAUGAGCCUUCCACAUGGUAUAGGCCUGACAGAGCAAGGAACCUGUCCAUUGAAGAAGCUGAACUUCCCGCACCAGCGUUUUCAUUGGCACCAAAUUGGAGCACCAGCAAAUCCCAGGUUCAUCUACCUGGGCGAGGCUGACGCAGCGACCUGGAGUGCAGAGGACAGGCUUCGAAGGCCAGGAGAUGAUGGCAAGAGAUUUGUGCAUCCCAUGGACAGUGCGUCGUGUGUUGGGGCAUUCAACAAAGGAGUGCAGCGUGACGGGGAUCUAGUUUCUUGCAUCGGGACCUUGGCAGAUGACCAAGGGUUUCACAUUGUCGGUAUCCGGGUCGACCCUUUAGUACAACAGAGAGAAGCGUCAGAUCUGUUGAGGACAGGAACCUUUUUCUUGCGCGUUAUGCCCAUGCUGUGGGGCAUGGUUACACCAUGCCCUUCGCUCCGACCAUGCAUGCUGCUAACCACACUGGCCUGGACCCUUACGUGCGCACAGUGCGUACGGCUUGGGAAUGGCCAUCCCCGAGUGGAACGUUUCUUGAUGAGUGCAUUGAGAGAUACCACAAAAGAGAAGUAUCAAAACGCACUGCAAUUCCUCAACAAUGAGCUACAGACUGCUGGUAUCCAGUGGGGCAAGCUGUCUGAAGUGCAACAAGAUUAUUUUCUUGCAGAAUGGAUGGUCGAUGGCUAUGAGCAAGGCCUUGGAAGGGCCGAAUUCGGCUCACUACUGUCCGCCUUGGGACGCAUCAAUCCACGGGUCAGGUACAAAGUUGCGUGGAAGGUCUUUGAGGUUUGGGGAAAGCUGAAGCCACCGCAGCAAGCGGCGGCAGCUCCACCCGAACUGAUCACUGCCAUGAUGGUGGCCUGCUUUGCAUUGAACCGAGCGGAUUUAGGACUCCUUAUUUGCAUAUGUUUUGCUGGCUUGCUUCGUGUAGGUGAGGCACUCCAGUUGCGUUGGAAGGACGUCUUUCUGAGCCCGUCCGGUGUCACUUUAUGCUUGGGCGUGACCAAAAAUGGCAUUGAACAGCAGGUCCUGCUCACCAACCAAGUGGUGGCAGAUUGGGUCGUGCAAUUUCGUGCAAGUCAGAAACCAAAGAAUUCAAACGCAUUGCUUUUCUCCAUGUCUUACUCUUCGGUCCUACGCUGGGUGAAGAAGCUGGCAGGUCUGUUGGGUGCUGUGGGCGUGCCUUUAACCACUCAUUCCUUUCGGCGCUCAGGGGCAUCUGAGCUCACUCGUCGGGGGGUCCCCUUUGCUGAUGUGAUGCUUUUUGGUCGCUGGUCGUCAGACCGAGCUGCUCGAGAGUAUGUGCGGCAAGGAGAAGUGGCGAUUCUCCGUACAGCAGAAGCUUUAGGCCCCGGUGUGCAAAAUGUUUGGAAGAAGUGGUGUUCGGCGCUUCCUUUUGUUUGGCACACGCAGAAACUUCUUUCCACAGAAGCGGCUGUUCCCUCACGGUUGAAAGUUACUUCAGACUCUUUUGGGCGGUUGCAGGAGUGUGUUUUCCGGCUACAGCUUUAA